CAAUAGGGCGACAUUACUGCAAACAGCAGCUGUCCUGAGAUUGAAUCUGACAGUAGGCGCUGGCUGAGAACCCUGAUUUAUUGGGCACAAUGGGCACCGAUACGGUCCUGGCCAGGCUGUAGUAAAUUCCAUGCAAAGUAUUUAUUUUUGAUCCUUUGGUUGUGACAUGGAAGCCAUGGAGAUAUCAGAGUUCAGACUACAAUGUGCCCCAGACCUGCGCUGUGAGAACCAGUCAUCACGAAUGCCACUCUGCCAAGUGUGCGAGACGUGUGUCCUGGCCACCAAGCUCGCCCUCACCAAAGAACUGUUUAUAAGAGCUGGGCAUGGCUCCCAAAGAAAGUUCUUAUUCGGGGUCAUCAGGAGGUUCAGGAGCCUGGAUCUACUGGUUCAUAUGGAGAAGGUGCUGGAGCCAGCUCUGGGCAAGGACUUCACCUAUAGCCGCUCACGGAUCAACCCCAGCCUGGCACAGGACUUCAGUACCAGCAGUUCGGACCGGGCACUAAACAAGCACGAGCUGCACCUGUUCAUGAUGGAAACUUGGGAAUGGUUCGGGAGCGGAACGUAUUGGACCAAAGCGAAUUACGCCCUACAUCUCCUCCAGAUGUGCAGCUCCCACCUACUGCUAAGUGCUGCCAACCUGAUCCAUGUCCUCAUCGGCCAGGAGGGGCAACAGGCAGAAUCACACGAGAAGAAGUCCAAGGUGCAGGAAUCGGGCAAAAAACGAGGAUGUUCACAGGACGACCCAUCUCUUAUGGUGGUGCCUACUUCUUUCCAGUCCACAUCCGGUGUCAGCAAAUACAAGGACUUCAUCCGCUGCCUUCCGGUUCAUCUCUCCAAAAAGAUUCUAGGGUACUUGAAGAAGAAGCAUCUCUACAGUUGCCUCUUCGUGUCUCAUCACUGGUGCUACCUGACCAAGGACCUUCUCCAGGACCUGGACGCCGAGACGCUCGUGAGGAACGAAGCUAUGAUCCUGCAGGGGACCUCAUACAAGGGUGUGAGCGUUUCAUACGCCAAAAUCCAAACAGUACCAGUACCGAAAGUCGGUGAAGACGGUAAUGCUUUACCAAGGCUGGAGAAGUAUUACCAAGAAAUCAAGUCCGGAGAAAGUCUGGAAGCGGCGUAUACGGAUAUAGAGACCGAGGCUGUAUCCAUGGAGGAGAGGAACCUGUUCUGUGGAUCAUAUAACGUCCUCAUCCUUACAGGACAAGGUGACCCGCACAGGGUGAUCCAUUUUGAUGGCGGACGGUUGGUCGCGGUCGGCUCCAGAGAUCGCAGGGUUAAGCUGUAUGAUAUGGCAGACAUGGCCCAGAUCCCACCUCUCAUUCAGGGGCACUCCGGAAGCAUCCGUGCGGUGAGGUUGUGUGAAGAGAGAGGUUUCGUAUUCAGCGGAGGGUUCGAUCUCAGCAUAAGGCAGUGGGAUUUGCGCAGCGGACUUUGCCUACGAAUCUAUCACGGACACAUGAAGACGAUCACGUGUCUGGAUGUACAAGAAGAUUUUCUGGUUUCCGGAGCUAAAGACGGACUUGUUAAAGUGUGGGACAUCACUACAGGGAAAUGUCUGCGGACGUAUAAACAUAAGGACGCGGUCCUGGCGGUGAUAAUGAGGGGCCAGAUAGUGGUGAGCGGCUGUGACAAGGGUCUUGUCAAAGUGUGGAGCGUGGAAUCUGCCGAAUUAAUCAAGACACUGUCUGGCCACCAGGGGGCAAUAAGGUGCCUGUCGUUUGACCAGUGGCACUUGGUAUCGGGGAGCUCAGAUGGAUUUGUAAUUGCCUGGAGCAUGAUGGGAACUUUUCAGAAACGCUUAAUGAGCUUUAGGCACCCAAAGGAGGUGAUGUGUCUGGAGCUGCUCUACCUCAGGGUUAUUACAGGAUGUGCAGACGGCAAAAUACGUGUAUUUAACGUCCUUAAUGGAGACUGCCUCCGAGUGAUGAGAGCCAAUAGUAGAGCCGACCCAGUAGCCGCACUGUGUAUUCGUGACAACAGGAUGGUGAUCAACGUACUGACCAGCAUCAUGAUCUUCCAGUUCGAGGAGGUCUCGUGGGAUUACUCACAAGCAUCGCAACGAGUCCAUGUCCAGAAGGACAGGCAGCGGUUCCAAGAGGCGGAAAUGCAGCUGAGGCCAUAUAGCUAUGUCCGUGCUCAGAGAAUGAAACGCGUGGGAUCCAGCAACCGGAAGAUCUACCAGCAAGAUGAAGAGGACACCGGUCAGGGAGCGAAGAGCCGGCUGUCCCAUCAUGCUCGUAGCCUGUCUGCGGGAAGCAUGAAGAGAGCACAUGAUUUACAUCUGGAGUCCUUAAAACCAGCGACAUGGCCGGAGCUCAGAAAUUACCGCAGAAGUUUUGCCUACAUUGAUCUGCAACCGGAGUUCUACAAGAAGCCACCGUCUGCCUGUAUACCUCCGACCACCAGGGAAAGUAACCCCGAACUAUGGAGUAGAGCAAGUACUGCACCUGCCAUGAAGACUAAGGAGGAUUCCGAUGAUGAAUCAGGUUACGGAUCUCCAGGGCGCAAAUCUGCUCUUUCCAUGAGCGAGAAUGCAGUGCUGCAACGUAUGAAGCAACGCGGGCCCCACACUCCCAUGAGCCCCAACCAGAUCCUCCUAAGGGUCAGCACAAUCCACAAUUCACAGAAGAUGGAUGCAAUCGGGUCCAAUAUGGAGUACAACUCCAGGAUCCGCGACACGUGGGGGGAUACGCCAUCUGGUAACGUAAGAAAGAUGUUCACCUCGCCCUCCCUCCCGACGGAAAGCCAGAACGUGGACCCCCUGACUCUUCUCCAGCACCUGAAAUCUUCUGCUGUCCCUGUAGACAUGAGGACGGUCCUGACAGCCUUCGAAAUAAGGAAACUGGGGCUAAAGAUGAGAGAGUCCCUGCAUGGGCCCGACAUUUGCUCCACCAUACCCGGCCCUACUCUUAUUCGCCCACAGACAACCUGCGACUACCAGAGGACAGAGAAGCCCAAUGUUUCUCACAGACGAUCCACUUCUGCCCUCGAGGCCGGUGUGAAGAGAAUAGGCCUCUAUACUAGCUGCGAGUCCAUUCAGCCUGUGCGGAUGAUCAUGGGGCAAAAUAUUGAAAUUAACAUCCCGAAACGGAAGGCGCCGGAUCCGGCGGCGAGCGCCGACCCGUACAGGGAGCGCAGUUGCUUCCAACUCCUCACCGUAAAGCAGCUCAAAGAAUUCCAGGCGGAAAAGACAUUGCGGCAAAAAGAAGUGGACGCUCACGUACAGGCCACAAAGAACAAAGAGAGCAGGAAGGCCUGGCUGAAGAAGAUCACCGGGAAGAAUAUAGACGAUUUCACCAAAGCCGGCAAGAUCGCCGCACCAGAGUUCGGGCCUGACGUGUUUCUAUAAUAAGGGCCGAUAA